AAAAUGAAAAUAUUUUACAUCCUCGCCAUCGUCUUCCUUGUUGGUCUUAGCGCCAAAACUGCUCUUGGUGACUGUUUGUCAGGAAAAUAUAAAGGUCCAUGUGCCGUAUGGGACAACGAAACUUGUCGCAGAGUAUGUAAAGAAGAAGGAAGACCAAGUGGCCAUUGCAGUCCUAGCUUGAAAUGUUGGUGCGAAGGUUGUUAAUAUUUUAGUGUAAUAGAAACCUAUUGUAAUUAAAACGUUGACAUUGACGUAAUUAAAACAAUAAUGAAAUAAAAGUAUCUUUAUAAAA